GAGAAAUAGAAUCUAACACAUCUCCUCACCACCACUGUUUCCUAAAUUGUCCUAACCUCUCACAAAGCCACAACCAUCUCCCAUGUCUCCCUCCUCCACAUUCCUCAUCAUUCUCAUUAUCUUUCUACUCGCCUCCUCCGCCCGAAGCCGGAAGCCCCGGUACCAGCUCUCCGUAGAUUUCUACGCCAAGUCAUGCCCGAAGCUCGAUCAGCUCGUCGCCUCCGUCACCUCCCAGCACUUCAAGGAAGCCCCCGUCUCCGCCCCCGCCACCAUCCGCCUCUUCUUCCACGACUGCUUCGUACAAGGAUGUGAUGCAUCAGUGCUGAUUUCGUCAAAACCGGGCAGCAAGGAGCUGGCGGAGAGGGAUGCGGAUGAUAACAAGGAGCUGGCGCAAGAGGCUUUCGAUGCCAUUGAUAUGGCGAAGGCGCUUGUCGAGAGAAACUGCCCUGGUGUCGUCUCUUGCGCUGACAUUCUCGCCAUUGCGGCCCGGGAUUUCGUCCAUCUGGCUGGAGGGCCAUAUUAUCAAGUGAAGAAAGGAAGAUGGGAUGGGAAGAUAUCCAUGGCUUCAAGGGUAGCAUCCAAUCUCCCACGGUCUAAUGCGACCGUGGAUGAGCUCGUUAGGAUCUUCAGCUCGAAGGGCCUAACGCUCGAAGACAUGGUCAUCCUGUCGGGGGCUCACACCAUAGGCUUCGCGCACUGCAAGCAGUUUGUGAGCCGGUUGUACGACUACAAGGGCACGAAGCAGCCGGAUCCAUCGAUGGACCCGAGGCUGCUGAAGGCCCUCAAGAUGUCAUGCCCACACUUUGGAGGGAACACUGAUAUUGUUGCACCGUUUGAUGUCACAACUCCUUUUGCAUUCGACAAUGCUUAUUAUGGGAAUUUGAUGGCUAAAUUGGGGUUGUUGGCUUCUGAUCAAGCACUGUUCUUGGACCCUAGGACUAAGGUAUUGGUGCAGGAAAUGGCUAAGGAUAAAAACAAGUUUUUUCAAGCAUUUGGUGUGGCUAUGGACAAAAUGGGAUCUAUUGGUGUCAAGAGAGGCACUAAACAUGGGGAGAGAAGAAAAGUUUGCUCUUUGCAUGUGGGAUGACUUCUUGUUUGUUACCAACCAUUUUUCUUUUGGAGAAAAAUACAUUCUUUUUGUAUUUUGUUCAUAAUUCAUUCACCUUUGCAUUGUUUUUAGGCAUGUGAAGAUUUGUGGGGAUAAAAACAUUCAUAAGCUGUUUGGGACAUGGUAUUUGUCUAUUGAAA